UGUUAGCAAUAUCAUCUGCUCUACCCCGCAGCACUUUAAGUAAAUCCCACCAUUUCGGAUAUCCAAUAAAACAUAGUGAAAUUCGGACUCGGAACAUUAUCGAGUCCACGCCCAGUUGCGUUACCUGCGGACUUAAAACGGACGUAUCGGAUGAUGGUACGACAGUUCUCAUUGAAAAGUUCGAUAUCACGCCUCUGAACAUCUCGGUUGACAACAACUGAAUUGACAAACCUUCUAGUAUCAGAGCAACUCAAUCUUGUUUGGUACCCCAGAAACUCUCCUGAUAUUGCCGUACGAUACACUCACCACGGCAGCAGACACAAUGACGUCCACCACAUAUCCAGAAUUCAGUGAAUCGACUGAGAGCUUGGAAGUCGCUAAGAAAUUUGCUGGAGAAAUCCAAGAGAGAACAAUUCUAGUCACAGGUGUAAAUCGUGGAGGCAUCGGUUUUUCAACAGCUCAAGCUUUCGCCUCACAAUCACCUUCUACACUUAUCAUCGCUGGCCGAACACCUUCUCGAAUCCAAGACUGUAUCGACGCCCUGAAACAAGAAUACCCAGAGGUAAACUACCGCGCCCUGAAACUCGACCUCUCAAGCCAAAAAGCCGUCCGCGAAGCCGCCGCUGAACUUCUCUCCUGGACCGACGUCCCAACCAUCGAUAUCCUCAUCAACAACGCCGCAGUAAUGAACCUUCCCGAAAGACAGCUCAGCGAAGAUGGUCUCGAGAUGCAAUUCGCCACUAACCACAUCGGGCACUUCCUCUUCACGAAUUUGAUCAUGUCGAAACUUAUCAAAGGAGCUAGGAUAGUCAACGUCACCUCCCUAUCACCCACAGUAGCAGGAAUGCGAUGGAGCGAUAUCAAUUUCGAGAAGACGAAUAAAGACCUACCCGAAGCGGAGCAGCCGCCGUACGAGAUGCAUCGACGGUGGGGAGAGGUCGAUCCAGAGGAGAAAUCGUAUCUCCCGCUCGAAGGAUAUAAUCAGAGUAAGGUAGCCAACGUCCUAUUUAGCAUCGCGGCGAACAAGCUUUUGUAUGAGAAACACGGAAUUUUAAGUCUAGCGGUCCAUCCGGGGAUUAUCCAGACAGAGCUGGGAAGGUACGCGGCGCCUGAGACGAGGGCCGCGAUUCAGGAGAUGAGGGAUAGUGGGAUGAUUCAUUUUAAGACGUUGGGGGCCGGGGCAGCGACGAGUUUAGUAGCGGCGACGGAUCCGAAGUUAGGGAUGCCGGGAACGAAGGAUGGGGUGGAGAAUUAUGGGAUUUAUAUGAUGGACUGUCAGAUUAGUGAGAAGGCGGGCUCGAGGGCGGUGUCGAAUAGUGAAGCGGAGAGGCUGUGGAAAUUGUCGGAGGAUUUGGUUAAGGAGACUUUUGUUUGGUGAUGGUAUCACCAAUAAAAUUCAUUCAUAAUCGUACUGUUG